AUAUGUAUACUCGCAUGUAUAUGAAUUACGCGAGUAUUGAACAGUAUUGAAGAAACAUUAUCUAAUUUCAAGUCUCGCUCUUUUAAUGCAGUUCUCAUAAAAAAAUCAGCAUUGAUAAUCUCUCGUAUUUUUCGUGACAAUUGUCACACAGCGAGUGAAGACAAUUAACAAUGACAACGUUAUUUCGCAUGAGUUGCGUGCAAGGUUUGCGCAGAGGGUUAGCUUUAAUGAUACCCAAGGAGACGAUGAUAUAUCGAAGGAUAGCGACGACACCGAAAUAUUACGAUGAUGUCAAAGAGAAAUCGCUUGUCAAGAAAAAAUGGGUGAGUUAUGGCUUCAGCGAGGAAAGCGAAGUGGAAGAUCGUCAUACUCUGCAUGUGACUAUGUUCGUCCUUGUAACUAUAGUCUUUGUACUUGGAUUCACUGUUAUGGCUUAUCUGCCCGAUGUAAGAGGCAGAGACUGGGCGCAACGAGAAGCAUAUCUGCAACUUCGUUAUAGAGAGGAACAUGGACUUCCUCUCAUCGAUCCUAAUCUAAUCGAUCCAUCUAAAAUAAUACUGCCAAGCGAUGAAGAAUUAGGUGAUACCGAGAUUAUUAUUUAAAAAUGUGUUGACAAUGAAGAGAAGAAUUUUGUUUGAUGAAAUUCAAGUAUCUCAUUGCUGCUUAUCUGUAUAAACUUAGUACUUGUUAUAAUAAUGUUAAUUGAGGAUUAUGUAUAUAUAAUAAAUA